AUGGGAGUUGAAAACAGUCCAAGACAAAAUACAAAAGAUGAAACGAAAUCAAUUAUUGACGCAGCAGGUUUUGCCUUCAAUCAGGCGAAAAACCAAAAUCAUUUAUCAUCAAAAAGUCGUUCUGAAGUGGUUUAUAAAAAAGAGUUUCCAAAACCAAAAGUUAAAGCAAAUUCUGUUAUCGAAUUUAAUUCAACAGAUUAUUAUAAUAAUAAUUCACAAUAUAACCAAAUCAAUUCUAGAUUUGCCACCAAGCCAUCAAAUGCUUCUCCUAGAGCUUGGUCUGAUGUUACAUAUCGUCCACAUGACACUCGUACUGAAUUAACAAAUUAUAGUGAUCCAGGUCCUCAAGUAUACAAUCCACAACGAAAACAAACAUUUAACUUUCCUCCCCGCGUACCAACCGCCACAACCUAUGAAAACAACCACAAUUAUUAUCCCAAUCAACAUCAGCAACCUUCUUUAUAUAGUGAAGCCAGAUCACCUAAGCCUAGAAUUGCAGCCAGUGCUAUGAUGGAUAUUGGCGAUAACGUAGCACAACCAAGAACAACUGAAGCUGUUAAGCCAAGAAAAGCCGAGCUUGAUGAAUUAAUGAGUUUAUCAUCUGAUCCAAGGGUUCAGAGAAAGUUUCUUGAUCUUAGAAUUUCCAACAAAUCACUCCUAUCACUUAAUGUUGUACUUGAAUCUACUGUCAAAGAACAAUCUGACAAACUUGCGAUAAUUCCAUCAUUUGAAGCUAUGAUGGAAACACAAAAAAAACAAGUAGAGAAUCUCAAUAAGGUUGAAAAGUUAAUUUGUACAUUAUCAACUAAAAUGACUGAACAAGAUAAUGAAAUCAAGGUUAUAAAAAGUCAAAUCAUAGAGAAAUCGGAUGAAAAAGAAAAGACACGAGUAACUCUAUUCUAUGAUCCAAAAUCUCUUCCAUUAAAUUCUCUUCCAAAUAUUAUUUUUGACAGGGUAUACGACGAUAUCACAAUUCUUUUCUCGGUGGUGACUUCUUUACUUUAUACUGUUUAUAUUUUUCCUGUAAUUGUUGUGGCAAGAACUGCCAAACAACUUGUUGAUAAGUCCAAAUGUGUGAUUGAAGAUUUUGUUCCUUCAGGUGUUAAGAAUUUUCAGAAGAAAUUAAAAGCAAAAAAAUCAUUACAAAUUCUGGUUACUCAUUUGACUGUCCAACCACCAGAUCCUCUAAUUUCUCAAGAUGCUAAACAACAACAAUUAUAUAUGCUUAGAAAAUAUCAGAAAUUCUUGUAUACAUUAUUGAAGAAUUAUUUUUUACAAGACUUUUUUGAUGUAAUUAUAGAUAAUAAAGAUGCAGAUCAAAAUGAUAGAUUUUAUGAAUGGAAAGAAUUUAUAUCAUUAAUAUGUUCAAUUCCUGAUAGAUAUCUCACACAAGUCUUGAAAUCACUUACUACAACUUGGUCAGACACUACAUUUGUCAAGCAUGCAUCAAAUUCAUUACAACUUUAUGUCACUAGUGCUAUUCUUAUUAUAUUUGGAUAUCUUCCAAAAGAGAUAUUAUUAAAGAUAAACAUUUAUAAAGACAUAGGUGUUGGCACAACACAAUGGAUGAAAAGUUCUUUUGAUAGAACACGUAAAAUUGCAAUGAUUACUGUUGAGAUGCUUUCAUGGUUACUUGAUGAAAAUGAUGACGUGUUGGAUUUCAAGUUAGAUCCUCAAGAUGAAGAAGUUAAAACAUUAAGGCAAUUGGUUGAUGCAAAGGACGGAUUAAAUAAUUUGCUGAUUAUUAAUACUGAAGAAGAAGAUGAUGAUGAUAAUGAGAACAGGUCAUUUAAAAGGAAUAAAGACAUUAAUGAUGAAAAUAAUUCACAAUCCAUUUCUGUCAUUACUAAUUCUUUUGAAGAAGAUUUUGAUCAAUCAUCAAAUGUUAUUGAUGAGGAUGAAACUACUAAACUGGUUGGAGAUUCUGAUGAUGAAGAUGACUUUGAACCAUAUUCAAUGGAUGAAAGCGAUUUUGAUGAAAAUGAAGAAGAUUAUGAUACUUUAGCAACAAAGCCAAAAAAUACUUUGCCUCCUGUAUAUAUUAUAGACUUGAUUAAAAUGUUAAAAGCAGCUGAAGAUCCUGAAAAGAUUGAAAUUGCUAUGAAUACAGCUGAAAAAUUGAUUAGACUAAAAACCAAUUUUGGAACGGAAUUAGAUGAAAAUGCUAAUGAGUUGGCCAGAGUUCUUAUUUCAAUAAAUAAUACAUUUGAAUUGAAAGAAUUUGAAGAAAAAAGACAUGCGGCAUUAACUGCACUCGUAGUUGGAAGUCCAAAAAAUACUGUAUUGUAUAUUAUUAAAGAAUUUUUUGAAAAAAGAUAUUCUCUCUCUGAAAAAAUUACAAUGUUAUCAGUAUUGGCAUCAGGAGCUAAAGAAUUAGCAGGAAUAGAACAACCAGAAGAAAUCGAGGUCAGAAGAGAAAGUUCAAUUAUUGAUUUAUUAUCAAAACAAACUAGCGGUUUAAGUGUUAACGCAAUUGAAACGUCAAAAGAACCAUCACCAUCCAGUAAUAACAAAGUAAAUCGAUUUUCAAGAAAACCAAUGGUCCAAUCCAUUCAUUCAAGUUCAAUAAAAGUCAACAGGUUUAAUGAAUUUGCCGCAAAACCAUUUUUCUUUCCAUUAUCAGCUGGAUUUUGGAAUUGGAUUCGUAAUCGUGAUACUAUCAAUAAAGGUAUGUAUGAGCCUAUUUUACUAAGUAAAUAUAUAACAACUUUGGCUACUAUUGUUCAAUGUUCAACAAACACAGUUGAAAAUUUAGAAAUUUCAAAAGAAUUUUGGGAUAUGAUACUGUCUUUAAGAUAUUUUGAUGAUGUAGCUGUUGUAUCAUCAUUACUUUUCGGCAUAAGUGUAAUACUAAAGGCGCUUCCAGAACAAGAAUUAGCAACAUUUUUUAGUAAAGAUUUGAUUGAAACAAACCAAUGGGUUACAAAUUUAUUUGAAAAUAAUCCAAAUGAGUAUGUAAAAUCCAUUUCUGCAUGGAUCAUGGUUAAAAUAGAUCAAAUUAUUUCAAAAUAUAGAAGACUUCUGAUUGGUGAUUUAUUGCCUAUCGUUUAA